AUGAGCACCUCGCCCUCUCCCAGGUUUCGGCACCAAGAAUGUAAGGUACAGUUCAGCCAGAGAGACAGCGCCCUGAGCCCCCCAGGCAGCCCCCGCCUCAGCAGAGCCUCGGGCCCGGCCCGCCACCCUCUGGAUACUCGUGCCCCGGCCACACUGUCACUCAGCUCCUCCCUCCGGCAGCUCCCUCGUCAGGUCCCAGGCCACCUCCCCGGCCUCCUUCACAGGCGCAUGGGGAUCCGCAACCCCUCGUCAGGGCUCUUGGGCUCUCAGCGUGCAGCUGCCAAGGGUCGUUUCCCAGAAGAGGUGGAAAUUAGUGUCUCCUGA